CGGGCUCUUUCGUUCGCUCCCUUUAUAGAUCCCCCCGCCCCCCACCCCCUCCAUCUAGCUCUCGGGAGAGUGAUUGAGAAUCCAGGACGAGGCGAGCCCGCGCGAUGGUGAACCUGUGAGGGGGUAGCCGGGGGAUCUCGUUGGGUCACUUUGAAGGGAGCAUGGCCGGAGCCCGGAGGGACUGUAUUGGUUGGGAGGUGUUCCUCUCGACGGGAUGCCUGCUCCUGCACGUCCUGCUCUUUCAGCCCGCGUCGGGCAAGGUGUGCAACGACCGCACCAGGCACGCACAGGAUAACAGCUGGUUCACCAAGGACAAGGAGAAAUUGCCCAUCAUGGUCCUGAUGCCCAUGAACGAGUCGACUCCUGUCCUUCGCGGCGACCACCCCGGUCCUGGCUGACAAGAAGAAGUACCCCAACUUCUUCCGCACCGUGCCGUCGGACAACGCGGUGAACCCCGCCGUGGUCAAGUUCCUCCGCUUCUACAACUGGAGCCGCGUGGGCACACUGACCCAGGACGUCCAGCGCUUCUCAGAGGUGAGAAACGACCUGACCAAUGAGCUGGAGAAGGCAGACAUACAGAUCGCAGACACAGAGAGUUUCUCCAACGACCCCUGUGUCAACGUCAAGAAGCUCAAGGACAACGACGUGAGAAUCAUCAUCGGCCAAUUUGACGAGAAUCUGGCCUCCAAAGUCUUCUGCUGCGCCUUCAACCUGAACAUGUUUGGCAGCAAGUACCAGUGGAUCAUCCCGGGCUGGUACCAGGGGAACUGGUGGGAGCAGGCCAACAGCACCAACUGCACCACCAGCAAGCUGCUCACUGCCAUGGAGGGCUACAUCGCCGUGGACUUUGAGCCCCUUAGCGCUCGCCAGAUCAAGGGCAUCUCUGGCCGGACCCCCAAGGAGUACGAGCGGGAGUACCGCCGCGAGCUCCAGCAGAAGGGCGUGGAGGCCAGCAAGUUCCACGGCUUCGCCUACGACGGCAUCUGGGUGAUCGCCAAGACCCUGACCCGCGUCAUGGAGCUACUGCGCACCAAGCAGCGGCACGAGAACCACAACUUCACCGUGGACGACCGCGAGGUGGGACGCAUGGUGCUGGACGUCAUGAACGAGACCAACUUCAACGGCGUCACCGGUCAAGUUAUGUUCCGGAACGGGGAGAGGAUGGGCACCAUCAAAUUUAACCAAUUUCAAGAUGGCCAUGAGGUGAAGGUGGGGGAGUACAAUGCCAUCGCAGACAUACUGGACCUCAUCAACAACUCCAUCAAGUUCCAAGGAGUGGAGCCUCCGAAGGACCGCACCUUUGUGCGGCUGCAGCGGCGGCACAUCAGCGUGCCACUGUACAGCAUCCUGUCCACCAUCACCAUCCUGGGCAUGCUGAUGGCCGGAGCCUUCCUCUUCUUCAACAUCAAGAACCGCAACCACAGAAUGAUCAAAAUGUCCAGUCCCUACAUGAACAACCUGAUCAUCCUGGGAGGCAUGCUGUCCUACGCGUCCAUCUUCCUCUUCGGUCUCGACGGAGGCUUCGUCUCCGACAAGGAGUUUGAGACUCUCUGCACGGUUCGUACAUGGAUCCUCAUUGUCGGCUACACCACGGCUUUCGGCGCCAUGUUUGCCAAGACCUGGAGGGUGCACGCCAUCUUCAAGAACGUGAAGAUGAAGAAGAAGAUCAUCAAGGACCAGAAGCUGUUGAUCAUCGUGGGUGGGAUGCUGCUGAUCGACUUGUGCAUCCUUAUUUGCUGGCAGAUUGUGGACCCACUGAAGAGGACGGUGGAGGAGUACAGCCUAGAGGCUGAUCCGCAGGGCCGAGACAUCGCCAUCCGUCCCUUCCUGGAACACUGUGAGAACACACACAUGACCAUUUGGCUGGGCAUCGUCUACGCCUACAAGGGACUGCUCAUGCUGUUUGGCUGCUUCUUGGCCUGGGAGACGCGCAACGUGAGCAUCCCAGCGCUCAACGACAGCAAGUACAUCGGCAUGAGUGUGUACAACGUGGGCAUCAUGUGCAUCAUCGGCGCCGCCGUCUCCUUCCUGACCCGCGACCAGCCCAACGUGCAGUUCUGCAUCGUGGCGCUGGUCAUCAUCUUCUGCAGCACCAUCACCCUCUGCCUGGUGUUCGUACCCAAGUUCAUCACCAUGAGAACCAACCCCGAUGCAGCCACACAGAACCGGAGGUUAAAGUUCACCCAGAACCAGAAGAAGGAGGACUCCAAGACUUCCACCUCCGUCACCUCCGUCAAUCAGGCCAACACCUCCCGCCUGGACGGCCUUCAAACUGACAACCAUCGCCUGCGAAUGAAGAUAACAGAGCUGGACAAGGAGUUGGAGGAGGUGACCAUGCAGCUGCAGGACACCCCGGAGAAGACCCCCUACACCAAGCAGAACCACUACCCCGACGCCAACAACAUCCUCAGCAUACGCAACUUCACCGACGGCAAAGACGGGGAGAAGUCAAUCCUGAAGAACCACCUGGAGCAGAAGCCCCAGGCGCAGUGGGGGUCCGUAGAUCCUUCAAGAAUAAACAGGGGGCCCCUGGAGGAUAUCAACUCCCCCGAACACAUACAGCGCCGGCUGUCCUUGCAGCUGCCCAUCCUCCACCACGCAUACCUCCCGUCCAUAGGCGGGGUGGACGCCAGCUGUACCAGCCCCAACGACAGCCCCGGGUCCAGCCCGCGACACAGACACAUGCCCCCGUCCUACCGGGUGAUGGUCUCUGGUCUGUGAGCGACUCCGACGGCCCCCCUUGGCGCCCUGCGUCUGCGGAGGACACUCCCGGUCCACGGUUCCUCUUUUCUACAGCAAAAUAGACUGACGUCAUCGGCACAAAGAGUGCAUUUGUUGUCCUGAAGAAGAAGCUGAGUGAAUAAAAUACAAGGAUGGAAGGAAGAGGGAGGGGGGAGGUGAGCUACACUCUCCAUACCUCUCCCUCCCUCCCUCCCUCUCGUUUCCAAACAUAAACCC